AACCCGCCAAGCACGCACGCGCACGCGCACGCUCAUGAGAAGCUUGCCGCUGAUCGACUAGCUAGAGCAGGUGCCUGGCAUGGAGGACACGACGGCGACGCUGGCGACGGAGCUGGACGGGCUGCUGGCCAUGGCGAGGGAGCUGGAGGAGAGGGUGGACGGCGACCAGGGCGCGCCGGGCGCCGCCAGGGAGCUCUGCGCCGAGCUGGCCGCGUCCGUCGACCGUGCCGUGCGCCUCGCUGGGAGCGGCCCGCGCGGACGCAAUGCCGGCGGCAGGGCGAGAGUGAACGGCCAGCACAGGGGCGGCAGGAAGGCGGGGGCGGUCAGGGCGCAGGUGCGGGUGGCGUCGAUGCAGGACCUGGGGUCGCUCGACGACGGGCUCAGCUGGCGGAAGUACGGCCAGAAGGACAUCCUCGGCGCACCGUACCCGCGGGCCUACUUCCGGUGCACGCACCGGCACUCGCAGGGCUGCCAGGCCACCAAGCAGGUGCAGCGCGCCGCCGCCGACCCGCUGCUCUUCGACGUCGUCUACCACGGCGCGCACACCUGCGCCCAGGCCACCGCUGUCCUCGUCGGCACAGAUCAGCAGCCGCCUGCUUCCUUGGGCCAGGAACAGCAGCAGCAACAGAGCUCGCCGGCUGAGGCGUCGGAAGGGAUGCAGUGGCCGGCAGAGCCCUUCACGCCGCCCUCGUUCCCCUCCUCGCCGGCCGGCUGCUACACGCCGGGGAACUCCUGGUGCCAGCUUGCCGGCAACUACGGCUACGCCGCCGGAGGCGGCCUCGGGGCUGACAUGGACUUCGACGAGCUGUUCUGGAAUAUGUAGUUUUUCUAACCGGAGUUUCAGAAGAUUGUAGGCGCCGUGUCCACUAUCCUACUGUAUUCCCACUAGUACUUAGAUUCAGACUC